AUGUUCAGCUACGCGCUACUUCUUCUUGUUCUUGCAGUCAUUCCGGCUUGGGGUGCAGGUGCUAAUCCUGAUUCCUCCAAGCCGAUCAUCAUCACUGAUCCGCAAUCAUCCCAAGGUUUCGCGGCGUACUUUAAUCUUCUUGAUCGCAGCACUGGGCUUCCACGGGCGGAUUGGGAGUACAGUCAGUCUUCUAGAAGCGCUACUGCCUUGGACGAGUCAAAGUACUAUGACAAGAUGUAUUCCAUUCUCAAGACUCGAGGUCUAGAACGUCUGAAGCAAGCUGGACCAAUUUCUUCGGCAGCAGCACUCCGCUCACACCCUAACUAUGUCGACUUCUAUGAUGGCUCUCACCGUACACCCGCUGCCUACCUCAGGCUAGCCGAUAUCAUACCCGACAAUCCCUUGUCCAUCAACAACCCCGACGUUGCCAUCUUCAUGCAUCGCACCGCCUCCAUCUUUCAUCAGACUGCGCUCGCGCAAUGGCUCGAGCCCAAGCAGAUCAUCAGAGGUGCUUCGUUGCACAGUUCGAGCUCAAAUCAACUUGCCUAUCACACUGUGUGGGAGCACCCCCUUUCCAACAAGCAAUUAUUCUGGAUGAGCGACCUCAAAGAAAUUUACAGAUGGCCAGUACUCCCUGACAUGGAGCGACUGGGAUACAACCCAAGCACUAUCCAGGACGAGAUCCACAUCUAUAGCCGAGCAAAACCUCCUCGAUACUACGAGCAGGUCGGUUCGUUUGUCUUCCGGUCUUUGGUCCUUGCCAGCAGUCGCUACAUGGAGCAAUUUGAUCGCGACCCACGUUCCAACAACGAGAUCUUCAACACAUUUGCCCUCGUGUUUUCUCCCAUCGAUCGUAGGCAGCAGGCUAGGCCUUCUCCAUGGUUCCAAGCCCCGCUCUUUAGAAAUUUUGAUCCGGAUUCGGCGGACAAGUCGACAAGAGUCGUUCUGAACAAGUAUCAAUACAGAGGGCGUUUGUUUCCUGACCUGGAUCGUGUCAGGUACAUUCUCUCAACCGACAGUUCUGACCGUCCUACACUCAUUCCGAUCAGCAUCGUUCGACCAGUGCAGGUCAUUCCCAGCGUCAAGUUCGAAACCGUCAUCACCAUCCCCGAGGAACUAAGGAAAGAGGGAGCUGUCAGCUUCUCUCGCAUCAGAGCAGAUACGGUCCGACUCGUUCAGGACCCUGGCGUCUUCAAGAUCAAGUUGGGUGGCCCCUCUAAUAGAUACCUUUUCGGCAAGCCGCGCCCCCUUGGCCACCCUCUCUACUACGUCGAAUCACGUGGUCUAGAUCGCGAGGUCACAAGUGCUGAGGAUCCGAGAGCUGUCGCAGCUGCUGAUACCGCCCAUGCCGAAUCCUCCUCGCGAGCAAGCGGUGUCCCUCGCAGGCAUUCAAUACCAACAACGGAGAGCGCAAUUUUCUCUUACCAGCCUCACUCGCAGGACCAACAGGCUGAGGCUUCUCUCUGGGUGUCUGACAAUCAUCCGCAAAGUUCACAACAUCUUCGCGACGAGGUAGCUCGUAUUGGUGCCUUGGGUCACAACAACGCACCUCCAGGCUACCCGGUCGCUCAUACCUACCCUCAAGCACCUGCUUAUGCUCACCCGGGCUACGGUGGUUACGGGGAAACUGCAGUAGAGCAAAUGCACGUAGACCAGCCUGUCGAUCCUGGUAGGUACGUGGCUUCGUCACAUACUGUGCAAACACGUCCAUCCAGGCCACCGGUUCGCCACGACUCCACUCCAGCCAACCAGAGCCCGUAUGCACCCAUGGAUCCGGAGCUGUUGAGGGAGUUUCAGCAGCACAUGGAUCCUGUAGAGUAUGGUUGGCGUGUCUGGCGCGGCUGGCACCCUGGCGGGCGCAUCCCUUAG